ACGGGCCUCCCGAGGAGCUGUCAGCGGCCCCGGCCCCGCCCGUCCCGCCAUGGGGGGGCUGCUGCAGGCACUCGUGGGGGUCUCGGAGAAGGCGGCGGAGCUGGCGCGGCUGUGCCGGCAGGAGGAGCCGCUGUUCCAGCUCCUGGUGGCCGAGAAGACGGGCCCCGACAGGAACAGGAGGUUCCUGCAGGACUUCAAGACCCUAGCGGACGUUCUCAUCCAGGAGGUCAUAAAGCACGACCUGGGCAAGGAGUUCCCAGAGCUCCAGGGCCACAUCCACGGGGAGGAGUCCAAUGAGUUCAGGGAUGUGCAUGGGGGCACGGUGGCCGUGCAUGUCUGUGGCACACGGGAGGACACGGUGGCCCUGCUGCUGUCGGUGCUGGGCCCAGAGCAGGCGGCGGCCGAGCUGCUGGCAGACGCCGUGCACCGGGACGUGGUGCUGGGGGAUGUGGCACUGGCGGGCGCUGAGCCCGGUGUGUCUCCCCGGGACCUGGCUGUGUGGAUAGACCCCAUUGACUCCACCAACGAGUACAUCAAGGGCCGCGAGGACGUGCCCCCUGUGGAUGGCAUCGCCCCCGCUGGGCUCUGCUCUGCCCUGGUGCUCGUUGGGGCCUUCGACCGCCUCUCUGGCUGCCCCGUCCUGGGAGUCAUCAAUGAGCCCUUCUUCCGACGGGACCCCCAGACCCGCAGGUGGCAGGGCAGGUACCACUGGGGCGUGGCCCAUGGGGACACCCGGCUGUGCUCGCUGAGCCCCCCCGACCCCCACCCCGUGCCCCGCGUGGUGCUGAGCCGGGCAGAAGGGGCGGCGGUGCGGGGGGCUCUGGGCCCCCUGUGCGGGGGUCACCUGCACUUUGCGGCGGGAGCGGGGUACAAGAUGCUGUGCGUGAUCCUGGGGCUGGCGGACGCCUAUGUGCUGUCUGAGGGGACCACCUUCGCCUGGGAUGCCUGUGCCCCCCAUGCCAUCCUGCGGGCCCUGGGCGGGGGGCUGGUGGCCCUGGAGGGGGCCCUGCGGGCACGGCAGGAGGGGCGCACCGGGGACCCCCCUGAGCUGGUCUAUAACCGCCCAGCAGAGGGGGUGGGGGGGGCCGAGCGCUGGGCAAACCGAGGGGGCCUCGUGGCUUAUCUGCACCCCCAGCACCUGGAUGCCGUGCUGGGGGCACUGGCCACUGUGCCCGGGCUGUGAGCCCACAGCGGCCGGGACCCCCACGAGUGGGUAUGGGGGGGCUGGGACCAAGGACAAUGGGAUGGCAGGGACCCUGGCAUGGAAGGUCAGAGGGGUCUGGGACCCCAAGGUGUGGGCUCAGGAGGGGCUGGGACCCCAAGGUGUGGGCUCAGGGCUGUCUGAGGCCCCAGGAUGCAGAGCAGGGGCUCUCAAGGACCUUGAGAUGCAGUCACAGGGUGACAGGGACCAAGGGCAGGGAGAUGGCAGGGACUCCGGGUUUGGGGUCAGGGAUCUCAAAGUGUGGGGUAGGGGGGCUGAGACCCCAGAAUUGGGAUCAGGGGUGUCAGGGGUACAGGGUAAGGGAGGACAGGGCCUCCGGGGUUCCCCGGUGCUGGGGUGGCCGAGACCCCCUGACCGAGGGCUGCCAGGAUGGGGUGGGAGCUCUCAGUGCCGGUUCCCCUCGGUGGGAAUCCCCGUGUGUCCCCUCCCAUUAAAGCGCCUCUCGCA